AUGCGUCAUUUGGACCUGCUGCUGACAGCAGCUUUUAUAUACCUUCCCUCCGUGGCCGCCGACCAAUACCUGCAAUCAACUUCCCUAGCGACCUGUCAAGAUGACUCCCUCAUCACUGCAAGCCUGUUCGACGUCACCUUUUUCCCCGGUAACGACACCGUUUAUUAUGACAUCCAUGCAAACGCUUCAGUCACCGGCAAUGUUUCGAUGACUCUGCAAGUAAUUGCCUACGGCUACUACCUCCAACCCAUCGACAUUGAUCCCUGUGAGGGUUCAUCUUUAGCAACAAAUUUCUGUCCGAUUGAAACUGCCGGUGAACCCAUUGACCUGCAAGCCCUGAGUUUCGUACCGACAGACAUAACAAGCAGAAUUCCCUCGGUGGCAUAUACUGUACCGGACCUCGAUGGAAAGGUUCGCAUUCUCAUCGAUUCAACCAACCAGAAUACUACCGCUGCCUGCUUAGAGACAGACCUAACCAAUGGUAAAACUGUCUAUCAAAAGGCUGUGGGAUGGACUUUAGCUGUCGUUGCAGGUUUAGCAUUGACUGCCUCAGCUGUUGCGUCAGGUCUUGGUUUCUCGAAUACUGCAGCUCACGUUGCAGCGAAUGCCUUGUCGCUCUUUUCCUUCUUCCAGGCCCAGGCCAUGUACGGAAUGACUGCAGUUACCAUGCCUCCGAUUGUAGGAGCAUGGACUCAAAACUUUCAGUGGAGUAUGGGUAUUAUCCGCGUGGGUUUUCUGCAAACUUUGAGCACCUGGUAUCAACACUCAACGGGUGGAACUCCAUCAACUCUACUAGAGAAUCUAUCAGUACAGUCUGUCAGUGUCCAAAAAAGAUCUCUUGAGCUAGUCAAGAGAGCAUCACAUGUACUGACGGCUCGCGCGGACGCCACGUAUCCGGCAAACGUCACUUUGACGGGGAUUCUACGAGUUGGCUUUCGUGCAAAGAUUGAACCAAGUAACAUCUUUAUGACCGGAUUGAUUUUCUUAGAGGCCUUCUUCAUCAUCAUCAUCCUUCUCAUCCUCAUCUUUAAACUAUGCAUCGCAGUUGCUGCAAGGCGUGGAUGGAUUCACUCCCAGACCUUUCAAGAUUUCCGUAAUGGAUGGAGUAAUGUCAUGCGUGGAAUUCUCCUUCGACUUAUUCUCAUCAGUUAUCCGCAAAUGGUAGUUUUGUGUCUAUGGGAGUUUACUCGGCGAGACUCUGCUGCCGAAGUGGUUCUCGCCGUUCUCAUGAUCUUGUCAAUGACGGGUGUGCUCUUGUGGGCUGCUUUUAAAGUCGUUCAAUUUGCUAGGUACUCUAUUUCCAUGCAUCAGAACCCAGGGUAUAUCUUAUACUCUGACCCGAAAGUCCUUCAUACAUGGGGUUUUCUAUAUGUUUCAUAUCGCGCUACAGCCUACUACUGGGUCUUUCCCACCUUGGUUUAUAUAUUCGUGAAAGGGGCUUUCAUCGGACUAGCCCAGUCAUCUCCGAUUACGCAAGCUAUUGGUCUCCUGUGCGUUGAAACGGUAGCACUCAUCUUCUCGUCGGUUUUCAGACCGUGGAUGGACCGGAGGACCAACACUUUCAACAUCGCCAUUUUCGCAGUACACUUUGUGAAUGCAGUGUUUCUUCUGAUGUUUACAAGUGUUUUUGAUCAGCCAGCCAUAGUCAACUCCAUAAUGGGCAUCGUAUUCGUCUUGUAUAAUGCCAUAUUCGCUCUUGUCCUCUUGCUCAUGGUCCUCGUAUCUGCGUUCUACGCCCUUUUCUCAAAGAACCCAGAUCUCCGUUACCAACCUGUGCGCGACAACCGAGGCUCCUUUAUUGUCAGGUCAAGAUCACAGCCCAAAUUUGAUCCCGCCAAUAGAGAGCACGAAGCUCUUGGUGUGACAGCUGGGGGUGGCGGAGAGAAAUUUCGACUUUGA